GUCACGACUCCGGAAGCGGAUCGGCCAUGUUACCGGGUGACCCCGGGAGCGGUGCCGGGAGAGAGGCGACGGCGGGGUCCGCCGAAGGGACGCGGCUGCCGUGAGGGACUCGAAGCGCCUCCCCUUCCUCGGUCUUUCCCGGUCAGCCGUCCCCCAUGGCAGCGUGGUCGCGGGAGGCUGUCCUGACCCUCUACCGGGCUCUGCUGCGCCAGGGCCGUGGGCUGCGCUACACCGACCGCGACUUCUACCUCGCUUUUAUCCGCCGCGAGUUCCGCAAGAACCGGGGGCUGCAGCAGCUGGAGGACAAGGAAAGACAAUUGGAGAAGGGGCAAGCUUUCCUGCAGAGCAAGCUCGGGGGGCUGAUUUAGGUUCCCUGGGGUUCAUUUUGGCCCCACUUACUUCCCUCUUCAUUCCAAAAUCACUUUUCCAUACGAAAGAGAUGGUUGACACUCCGUGCCCGCCACUGGCUUGAAGAAAUCCAGAAGGUGCCUCCACAGACACACCAGGAGGGCUCUCCUGUUCUCUUUACAGAUGCAUUAGGUCACAGGGGAGAUGGCGGGCGCUGGGCAGCGCAAAGGGAGGAAAGAUGACAACGGCAUCGGCACAGCCAUCGACUUCGUGCUGUCCAACGCCCGGCUGGUGCUGGGCGUGGGGGGAGCUGCCAUGCUGGGCAUCGCCACGCUGGCUGUCAAACGGAUGUACGACCGGGCAAUCAGUGCUCCCAGCAGCCCCACUCGCUUGAGCCAGGCAGGAAAGAGAAGCUGGGAAGAACCAAACUGGCUGGGCUCCUCCUCACGCUUACUGACCCAGGACAUGAAGACGAACCUCAGCCGCUCCCUGCAGACCCUUCCCACCGAUUCUUCAGCUGCAGACACAGACUUUUUCCGACCCACCAAGCCCAAGCCAUCUGCCAAGAGGACUCAAGUAGAGCUGAAAAAAUCCCGCCUUCGUCUGUCUCUGCAAGAAAAGCUCUUCGCUUAUUACCGGAGGAAGGUGGCCAUCCCGGCAGACGAGCAGGCUCGGGCCAAGCAGGCAGCCGUGGAUAUCUGCGCGGAGCUGCGCAGCUUCCUCCGUGCCAAGCUGCCGGACAUGCCCCUGCGUGACAUGUACCUCAGUGGCAGCCUUUAUGAUGAUCUGCAGGUAGUGACAGCUGACCACAUCCAGCUCAUCGUGCCUCUGAUGCUGGAGCAGAACCUGUGGUCGUGCAUCCCCGGAGAGGACACCAUCAUGAACAUUCCUGGCUUCUAUUUGGUGCGUCGGGAAAACCCCGAGUACUUUCCCCGUGGGAGCAGCUACUGGGACCGCUGUGUGGUGGGAGGUUACCUUUCCCCCAAAGCCGUAGCAGACACCUUCGAGAAAGUUGUAGCUGGCUCCAUCAACUGGCCAGCAAUCGGUUCUCUCUUGGAUUACGUGAUCCGUCCAGCAGCUCCCCCAGCAGAUUUGACGCUGGAAGUCCAGUAUGACCCAGAACGGCAUCUUUUUAUUGACUUCCUGCCAUCCCUGACUCUGGGUGACAUCAUCCUGGUGGCCAAACCCCACCGGCUGGUCCGCAAUGACAACCUGUGGCGACUCAGCCUGCGGCCAGCGGAAACGGCUCGCCUCCGAGCCCUGGACCAGUGUGAUUCUGGGUGCCGUUGCCUGUGCCUGAAGAUCUUCAAAGCGAUUUGCAAGCUGAACCCAGCCCUGGGCCACCUCACUGCCAGCCAGCUCACCAACGUCAUCCUGCACCUAUCCCAAGAAGAGUCCGACUGGUCCCAGGACAUGCUGGCUGAUCGCUUCUUGCAGGCACUGAAGGGGCUGAUCCGCUACUUGGAGGCGGGUGUCCUCCCCAGUGCUCUGAACCCCAAGGUGAACUUAUUUUCAGAGCUCACCCCUGAAGAAGUGGAUGAGUUGGGAUAUACCCUCUACAGCUCUCUCUCGGAGCCAGAGGUCUUGCUGCAGACGUAAUGGGGCCUUACCUAGGGAAGUGUUGAUAGGGUUCAGCCAAGGUGGACUUUGAUUACUGCUAAAUGUGUCUCCUUCACUUCUCUGUCUCCUUUCGGUUGAUUAUUUUUUCCUUCUGUGGAGCUGGUGCUCCCACUGGAUUUCUUGGUGCUACUGGUCCAUUUCCACCAUCUCUCCCCCAAUAAGAACCCAUCAGCUCGGGAAGAGAGGCUAAAACUGCAGCUUUAAGAUCUUUGCUUAAAUUCUGCUGAGGUUUAAGUGUUUACCAAAAAAACAAAACAAAACAAAACUAUGCACUUCAUUCACCUGUAGUACACUUACUGCAGCAAGUCCAUUUUGGUCUGAAGAAGGUGGAACUGGGCUGGUAAAUCCAGUGACAAUUUUAGCAGACUUGCCUUGAGGUCCUUUCUUAUCCUCCAGUCUGAUUACCCCAUAUUUCUUUUUCUCUGCUUUACCACACUGCCUUACUUUGUUUUGUUUUUGGGGUUUUUUUGUCCCUUUGACCCAGUGGUUCAGGGCAGACUGACUGAAGUAUUUUGGAUAAGGUUUGUUUUUUUAAUUUCUGAGUGGGCAGUGAUUACACUGGCAGUACUUAGGGCUGUAGGCCUUGGAAAAGGAGAAUGCCCAUGGCUUCUGCUUCUAUGGAGCCUUCUCAUCCUUUGCAAGCUAGGUCCAGGAAUAAGGACUGAGGAUUGUCCAGUCUGCUGCAACACAGCCUCCAGUAUGGACAAUUCUCACUGAAGCUGUUGCAGGGUAGAAAGAAAUCUUUGUGGUCUGGCUGUGUGAUGAGGCCAAAGGAGCAGGGCUUGCCAUUCCUGCCUAGCCAGAUCACUGUGUGUUGCUGGUGGGAAUGGCCUUGGGAAUGGAGAGCAGGGCAGCUUCUUAGAUCUCUGUCUCUGGUCUAGAGGAAGAGAGGCUGAUUAUGAGGGAAUGGUAAGAGAAACACAUGGGAACAGGGAUUUUUUUAUUUUA